AUGGUGGCCGUCCGCGGCGCAGGGCUGGGGCGGCCAGUGGUGCGGCUGUUCAGCGCGGCGGGCGUGGAAACGGGCAGCUUCCUGUGGGAGAAGGGUGGCAUGGCGGGGUGGGGCUGGAGCGCCGAGCAGGAGCUGGUGAUCGUGGAAGCUACUGGGAAGGUCAGCUUUUACAGCCUGCAGGGCGUCCGCCUGCCGAAGGAGCUUACCUUUGGCCCCGAGGUCGAAUCGGAAGGCGUAGGGGCGGUCCACAUCUGGCCAGACGGCAUCGUGCUGAUGUCAGCGCUGACUCAGCAGCUGUGGGCCUCGGUCGGCCUUCGGGAGCCGCGCGCGUCGCGGCUGGCGCCGGUGCCGGGCGUCACCGCCGGGGCGCCGUCGGCGGCGGCGGCGGCGGCGCGGCCGGGGACGCCUGGCGGGAGGGAUGCGGCGGCGGCGGUGGCGACGGGGACGGGGCCGGCGCCGUUGGCAGGCGUGACCAGCGCACAGCUGGCCGUAAUAAGGCCCGAGGAGAGCCUGUCACUCUGCCUGGAGGUGCUCGUUGCAGCGGGCGGCGCGGUGUGGGUGGUGGACGAGCGCUCCGCCACCGACCAGCGCCUCCCGCCGGGCGCCGGCGGCGCCGCGGCGCUGGCGGUCGCGCCGGGCGGCGGGUUUGUGGCGGCGUUUUGCGAGGACGGGCGGCUCAGGGUGUUCUCCAGCGACUUUGGCCGCAUCAUAUCCGAGUUCGACACCUCCAGCGCCGUCGCACCCCUGGACCUGGCGUGGUGCGGCGUCGACGCGGUGGCGCUGCGCUGGGAGGGGCUGCUGCUGCUGGCGGGGCCCUACGGCGACUGGCUGCGGCUGCCCGCGUCGGGCCCCAUGGCGCUGGUGUCUGAGGUGGACGGCCUGAGGGUCGUGACGGAGGCCACGCACAUGCUGCUGCGGCGCGUGGCGGAGCCGCUGCUGCAAGUCUACCGCCCGGGCUCCACCGCGGCUGCGGCCACGCUGUGGGAUGCGCGUGACCUCUACGACUCCGGCUCAGCCAGGGCUGACAGGCUGCUGCGGGAGAUCCAGCCGCAGCUGCAGGAGGCCGUCGAGGCGUGCAUCGAGGCCGCGGGCCUGGAGCUCAACGUGCCCCGCCAGCGCGCCCUCAUGCGCGCCGCCGCCUUCGGCCGCGCCUUCGUCCCGCCGUUCUUCCCGCCGCUGCUCAUGCGGGAAGCCGCCCGGAAGCUGCGCGUCCUGAACGUGGUGCGGGACGCGGCUGUCGGCAUCCCGCUGACGAUGCCGCAGCUGGAGGCGCUCACGCUGCCGGUCCUGGUGUCGAGAGGCGCUUUCAAAGGCUGCCUGGGGCAGAAGCGAGUUGGGGGUAAAAAGGUGUGA